UUGGGCAGUGAUUUACGCCAGAAUAUCGGUUUUUCGCCCCCAAAAAGCCAUUUCCAAUUUCCCCAUCCGUUCGUCCGCAAAUCGAUCGCCCGUACGCCAUGUAGUGUAGUGCACGCGUCAGUGUGUGUGUUUGUGUGUGUGUGUGUGUUUUCGGUAUAGGGCUAAGCAAAUGGGGCCACGGGAGCAGCAUUCGAAAGCUAGAAAGAUUGACACACCCAGUCGAAAAAAGCGCUCGGAUGGCCCAUCCAACUCAGUGUAUGUGUGCGUCGUGUGGUGUGAUGCGGUAAUUGAUGCGAUUUUGGAUAAAAUGAGCAUGAUUGUCGCGAGCGGAAGCGCACUCCACCACCAUUUCCUUCGUGUGUUUUAUGCGCCUCCGCCCUACGCACCUCAACGGAGGUGGGGGGUGUAUGUGUGUGAAAAAUCGAUAUUUUCCUGCCCUGCCCGUGUGCUCCGUUUUUCUUGCGCGACCUUCUGAUGGAAUAUGCUACGCAGUCAAUACACACAUACACGCACACACACAUCCUCAUUCUCACUGCGGCAUUUGGGCAAUACCGUACCGCUGGAAAUAGCUUGCCGUGUGAUGAUACCAGUUUACAUUACAAGCUAGAUUGAAUUUUGGUUUAUUCCAAUUUAACUGGAAUUUUAUGCUAUCUUUGCCUUCGAUAGCACCCUUCUUUUUGGCACGUAAACAGAAUCGCUGGAUGGAUUCAUCCUUCAGUUGCAGAGAUUUGCAGUUACCAUGCCUGAUUGAAACUCCACCGAAGCUCCAGAAAUCGGAUUGGAUUCGAAUAGCCGAAUACCUACCUACCCGUCUUUAGGUGCGGCACCGCCUUGUUUGCUGUGUUUGACCCUUUGGCCCGUUGAUUGGGCCGAAUGCGGCAUUCGUGUAAACCCGACCCGCUUCAUGCCGACGAUUACGUCAUCAUCGCCUUCGCGUUGAGUUAUUUUUAAAUAUUACCAGCUCUCCGGCGGCGGCGGCGGCUGCUGCUGCUGCAGCUCUCUACGUGAUUUGGGAUAGAAGCAUCCCUCUCUCCCUCUAUGCUCGCUGAUCAUCCAGUGCUGUGCCAUCUUGCGUGCGUUUGUGUGUGAAAUUCAUUUCCGUUAAUCAUGAAGGGGAGCUGCCGUGGUUGCUGGAUUUGAUGGAAGUUCUAGAACGGCACUUGUCGUUUGGGGUGGCGCAUACACACACACUCACCUACACACAGAAAGUCGCUGUCAGUCAAUUGGACCGAUAGAGUUGUGUCACGGGAGAAACAAUUUUUUUUUCUUGCACAAUGAUUCUAUUCUCCAUAUCGCUUCUUUACUUUACACACAAACACACCCUGACCGGACAUGGAAUGUGAUGGCGUCAUGCUACUUGGCGAGUUGGUUGGUUGGUGGUGCGUUUGCUUGUGCCGUUCGUUUCAGUGACAUUGUAUCUUGUACCCGUGCGAUAAGAUAAGCAUGCAUGUUUCCACGUAGUCUCUUUAGCAAAUAGCAAGCAGCCGAAUUUUAAGCGGAACCGGUGACGAAAGAAGAACAGAAGUGAAGCGGGGCGGGGGAGUGAAGAGUGGACUACUACGUUCAAAUACCUCCGCCUUACUACAGACACAAACCCACAGACGCACACACACAAACACACACGAACACACCUCCUGGCUAUCUAAGUACACUCCCACCUGCGAGGAGGAAGUGUAUGCUCACUAGGUAGGUCCGUCAACUGCCGGAACCCGCCGCCCCAAUCGGCCGCCGGAAGAACCGCAACCUCCUGUUCUACGAACCGAACAACAACCGUCCGUAGGAUCGUGAGUGGUGCCUCCCACCGAGGAGCAGAGCAGAUGGCACAGGCAACGGGAACGGCUACCGGCACCGGCACCGGCACCCGCCAGCAGUCGGAUGGAGGGGACGAGCUGGUGGCCACGACGCCCACCGACGACGAGAACCUGUUCAUCAACCCGACCGACGGGCUGCCGAACGAGCAUCCGGCCCUGCCGAGCGCGUACGACUCGGACAGCGAGUCGAACGCGGUGGCGGACGACGAUCUGCUGGACGAUCUGCCCACCUCGAUCAUCGUGACCAACAUCCACUCGGAGGUGUUCGCGGACGACGGGCUGAAGGCGAGCCUGGAGGAGCUGUUCCGCACGUUCUCGGACAACACCACCUUCCAGUGGCUGAAGAGCUUCCGGCGGUUGCGCGUCAACUAUGACAGCGCGCUGGCGGCGGCCAAUGCGCGCAUCCGGCUGCACCAGUACCCGUUCGGCAAGUCCGUCAUCAACUGCUAUCUGGCGCAGCCGGUGACGCCCGUCUCGAACACGAACCUGAAACCGCCCGCCCCGGUCAAGCAGUUCCUCAUUUCGCCCCCUGCUUCGCCGCCCGCCGGCUGGGAGCCGGCCGAGGAGGGUGAACCGCUGGUGAACCACGAUCUGCUGGCGGCGCUGGCCAGCCUGACGCCGGGCGAAAGUCACGAAAUACACGCCCAGUCGGAGCACCAUCCGGGCAUCAUACUGCAUACCGCGGCCGAGCAGCUGGAGGCGGCGGCGGCGGCGGCGGCCGCAGCGGCCGGCGAAGACGAAACUGCGGGUGGCCGCAAGUCGUCCAGUAUGGGCAGCAGCUUCGAGGAUGAAGAUCCGGACAAGGAGAACUCCCCGGUCGGUGGUGGGACGAACGUGCGCAAGGCGCGCAUCAUGCAAACGCGCUGUCCCGAGCGCAAAAGCUCCACCUAAAUUUGGUUGUCACUGGCGAAUGAAGAGGAUGACGAUGAUAAUGGUAUCGAUAUCCUCGUAUGAGAAGCGUGGAGGUAGGAAGUAGCUUGGUUGGUCACUGUUUGGUGAGUUUUGAAGCGGCUCUCCGUUUUCUGUGAGAAGGUAUAGCUUGGUAGAAUCGUUUUGUUGGGCCUCUAUGAUGUGUAGAAAGCAAAAGUGAGAAUGGUGCGCGAGGGGCUUGUAAAAAGAAGUAACGUUUGCCAUUAACCUCCUGUUUCCUGUUUUUUAAAGCAUAUUGAUGGUGUUAGGCAUCUUCAAAGUGGCAUACCAAGAAGAUAGUUAAAUUGCGAAUCUAUUUAGUAAUUACAUUUCGCAGCGAAAGUGUACGCGCGCGCAGCACCAGCCUGUGGUAGUAUCGUCGAUAGGUUAUCAGUUUCCAUUUACCUGUUUGUGCCAGUUUGCGUUGAAAUGGUUGCGUGUUAGAUAUUUACCGGCAUGUCGGAGUAUGAGUACGAAUUGUUCGCGUCGACAAAUUAGGCAUUUGCGUCUCUAUCAAUCAGAAUGCGUUUGAUCAUUGUACCUUUUCUAUCAAUUAGCGUUAUACAAUUUCUUUAUUUGUUUUUAGUUGUAAUGCAUGCGUCAGGGUAAAAUAUUCGAUACUCGAAACGCGAAACGAAAUCUCAAGUUGUACAUUAUUUGCCUACACUACACAUAUUAUCUUAUUGUCGAGAAUGUUUGCCUAUGAAAUAAAUCCGUUUCUACACUUUUCUAUAUAAUUAUGCAUUCAUUCGUGGUAUCAAAUGCUAUUAGCUCUAAAAUCAUUUGCACAUCCAGUUCUUCUAACUGUAAUUGGUACUGGAGAUUUCCCGGGAGUUAAAAUGUUAAAGCAUCGUUUAAGAAGAAGGGUUCUACUGGCCGGAACACCUAACUAUAUAUGUAGAAUUCGAAAUCAAAACUAUCAAGCAUAUCGGUAGAUACGGUUAAAACAUCUUGCAAUGCUGUCCAAAAUUUCGCUCCAUUAAUACGCAUCUAAAGCUUUGCGUACUUGCGAAGUACGGGAGGUUUGUUUUCGAAAUGCAAAAAGACCGUUCAAGUAACAUUUGUACUUUUCGUCGUCAAAGUGCAAAUGUUGCAUGAACGGCAUAGCUAAAGGUGUGUGAUCCUUUCCUAUCCUAGGCAGGAAUAAAAACACUAUUUUUUUAAACGGGAAGCGAUAAGAUAAAAAUAAGACUAGAACUUUCUUUGGAAAAAAAAUAUCUGUAACAGUUAUCUGUUUCAUGUCCUAUUAUCGCGCGUUGCUAAGUCCCGCGUGGGUAACGAACGAAACCAAUAAGUGUGAGGUGUGGUGAAGGUCAAUAAGAAGAGAUGCAUCGGUGUCUUUGUACAUGUAUGUGUGUUUGUGUAUAUGUUAAAAAUGGCAAAUGUUGCUACCGAAUGUGUUACAUUUCCCACUUCCUCUGCUAUGUGUAGAAUUGAGAAGAAGAAAACAAAAA